UGCUGCGUGCCUUCCUUCCAACUUCCAAACAGCCGUCGCUCUUCUUAAAUUAUCUCUUGGCUGUUUUCUGUUAUCCGUUCUAAAAGGAUGGCAGAAUGGACUGUAGUAUAUCAGGAACGAUGGAUUGGACUGUGGAGAGGAGGAAGUAACUCCUCUUGUCUGAGAAACUUGGAAGAAAAUGUCUAUGGUACUAGGAAGCUAACCUGACAACAUGAGUAAUAUAGACAGAGAUGUUCUGACCAUCAGGGUGAGAUGGAAAGCCAGCCCUAGCCGGAGAGCAGGCAGCGCUCAGGUUACUCGGAGCGGGGAGCGCAGGCGGAGGCAGGGGCAGAGCCCGCGAUCGCUGCGGGGCUCUGGCAGCUGCUGCGGGAGAACGCGCUGCUCCGAGACCCGCAGCAGCGCAUCAGCACCUUCUCUCGAUAGUUUUGGAUGGUGGCAAACACUUCUGUGCCCUUGGGUGAACAGUUUUAUUUAAGGUCCAGAAACGAAGAUGAGGAGCCUCUCUUCCUUUUACGUCUCUCUGUGGCUGCUGUUCGCAGCAGUGAUACUCAAAGCUGUAGAGUCAGCCAAAGGAAAAUAUGCUCACAUGCUGUUUAAUGAACUGUUUGAAGACUACUCCAAUGCUCUGAGACCAGUGGAAGACACAGAUAAAGUUCUGAAUGUCACCCUUCAGAUCACAUUGUCCCAAAUUAAAGACAUGGACGAAAGGAACCAAAUUUUGUCAGCUUACUUAUGGAUUCGACAAAGCUGGUAUGACGCAUACCUCAGAUGGGACAAAGAUAAAUACGAUGGGCUGGAUUCUAUCAGGAUCCCAAGCAAUUUGGUUUGGAGACCAGAUAUUGUCCUAUAUAACAAGGCUGACGAUGACUUUUCAGAACCAGUAAAUACUAAUGUAGUGCUGAGAUAUGAUGGAAAAAUCACUUGGGAUGCACCUGCUAUCACAAAGAGCUCUUGUGUAGUGGAUGUGUCUUAUUUUCCCUUUGACAGCCAGCAGUGCAACCUCACCUUUGGGUCCUGGACCUAUAAUGGUAAUCAGGUAGACCUCAUCAAUUCUCUUGAUAGCGGUGACCUCUCUGACUUCAUAGAAGACGUGGAAUGGGAGAUUCAUGGUAUGCCAGCAGUUAAGAAUGUUAUCACUUAUGGCUGCUGCUCUGAGCCUUAUCCAGAUGUGACCUUCACGCUGAUUUUGAAAAGGAAGUCCUCUUUCUACAUAUUUAAUCUGUUGCUUCCCUGCAUUUUGAUCUCUUUCCUGGCCCCGCUGGGAUUCUAUCUCCCUGCAGACUCUGGUGAGAAAGUGUCUCUGGGUGUUACAGUUCUUCUUGCUCUGACUGUGUUCCAGCUGAUGGUUGCAGAGAUCAUGCCCCCAUCUGAAAAUGUACCUUUGAUAGGGAAGUACUACAUAGCAACUAUGACCAUGAUCACAGCUUCCACUGCAUUGACAAUCAUUAUAAUGAAUCUCCAUCAUUGUGGCUCAGAAGCAAAGCCUGUUCCACAGUGGGCCAAAGUGGUUAUUUUGGACUAUAUGUCAAAAAUCUUUUUUGUUUAUGAUGUGGGUGAAAAUUGCACAAGUCCAAAAAGAGAGAAGGAAGAAGAAUGUAGGUUAGAGGGGGAUGAUGGUUGUCAGAGGAGGCACAAAGAGGUGAGGAGUCCUCUUUCCACUAGGAAUGAUGACUACAAUCUCAAGGAGAAGCUCAAUGGAAAUUGGAAUAAAAGCUAUGGAGUUCAUGGUGAAAAUGUUAGGGAGACUGUUAAUUGCUGUUCUUGUUACAAAAUGCUGAUUAAAAAUAUUGAGUAUAUUGCUAAUUGUGUUAGAGACCAUAAAGCAAACAAGGCCAAAGGAAUUGAGUGGAAAAAAGUUGCAAAAGUAAUGGACAGGUUUUUCAUGUGGAUUUUCUUUAUCAUGGUGUUUUUUAUGAGCGUGCUGAUCAUUGGGAAAGCUGCUUAACUGAAAUGAAUAUAUAUUCCUUUUGUAAAUCUGAAUAUUCUAUGUUAGUUUGUUUAGGAGGAGUUCAGUGAUAGUGGUGCUUUUGAGAUCUUUGUCUUGCAUUCUGUAACAAUAAAUUGAUUAGUAGGCUGUGA